AUGGAUAUUGAUCUGAACAAAGAGGACGACAGUUCCAAGGCUCAGUUGCCAGGCUGCCCAGGUAGGUCGGCGACUUCGACUGUCAAGAAUGAGACUUCGACUGUCAAGGACGAGACUUCGACUGUCAAGGAAGAGACUUCGACUGUGCAGGACAAGACUUCGACUGUCAAGGACGAGACUCCGACUGUACAGGAUGAGACUCCGACUGUACAGGACAAGACUGUCGACCAGCCGAUCAGCGCAAACAAACCAAAAGCCGCCAUUCAAUAUCGCAAUGCCGGCAUUCAGACUCUGCCACCUGCGAAUGCCGAAGUCUUCGAGAAGAUACACGGCCGCCGUCCCACAAAUACAGAGCUUAUUACUGAGCUUGGCUGCGCUGGUCUCGGCCGUUACAGGCCUGGAGUCGCGGUCCAUCCCUUCGAGACGCUGACUGAGAAGCCGUUUCCGAUCCUGCACGACGUCCAAGACGAGAAGCACUACGAAGAUGCCUCGUUCCAGACGAUGAGCGUAUCGGAAUGCAGACUGUCGAUUGCGCGCGAGAAGAAGGCCAAAGAUGCCCGCUACCGCAUCUGGAACGACACUGAAGACUGGAAAACCCUGCACUCGAAACAAUUCCCUAUCCGCGAAGAGGUUGAUGAUGACGGAAACGUAAUCGACACUCAUGCACGUGGAAUGUCACUGCCGACCGGUUCUGGCGAAAUGAUGGAUGUCACGUCGACUUCACAGCAGCAGAACACGGGACAAGAUUAUUCCACGCCGCAACAAGGCAUUCACCCACAUGAAGUUUACUAUCCAUAUGGAGGCUACUAUCCAUAUGGAGGUCACUAUGCAUAUGCUCAGCCAACCACGGGUGUCAACCAAUCGGCUUACCCUUUGCCGUUGUCAGGAUUGUCACUUUUUCCAUCAAACAACCUGUCAUACUACCGGCAUACCUCCGCAAUGACAUACGACAACCCGGACACAAACUCCUGGUACUCGAACACAGAUUAUCAGCAAUAUAUGCAGCAACAAAUGCCAGAAUAUGGUUCACGUCGACACUUUAGCCGCGGACGCUCUAGCCGCGGACGCUCUAGCCGUGGACGCGAAGGCGAGGGCCAAGGCGAGGACGCGCGAAAAUAA